AUGGCCUCAACUACCGACAUCAAAGUGGCCUCGUUGGCGGCUGGCUUUACCAUCGGCUUUGGAUUGUUGACCUGUUGGGAGGCCAUCAAACAAACGAGGCGGAAUCGUAACCCGUUACGAAGUGCCUACAUUUACAUGCUAUGGGGUGAGAUUGCCGCUAAUCUCGCCAUUGCCAUCAUCGGCUGGAUUUUCUUGGACGGUAUUAUAUCCUCAACCGUUCCGGUGCUUUUCUUCAUCCUCUUCCUUUGGGUCUUCGAGGUUCAGUUGCUCAUGCAAAUCAUCGUCAACCGAAUCGCAAUCAUCGCCGAACAUGAAAGCACCAUCCGAAAGCUCAAAUGGGGCACUGCUUUCAUCAUUACAUGCAUCAAUAUUGCCGUCUUCUGCAUCUGGAUCCCCGCACAUACUGUUCCACCAGCAAGCGCCCUCAUUGUUCGUGUUAAUGAAUACUGGGAUCGAAUGUCCAAAGUCCUCAUCCUCCUCGUCGAUGCAGGGCUCAAUUGGUAUUUCCUUCGUACCGUGAAGAAACGCCUUGUCGAGCAACAUAAGCUAAAGAAGUACCAACCGCUUGUUGGCUUCAACGCAAAGCUGAUGGUGGUCUCUAUCGCCAUGGAUGCCAUGCUCAUCGGUUUAAUGUCGCUACCAAACCAAAUCGUCUACAUCCAGUUCCACCCCGUCGCAUACAUGGUCAAGCUGAACAUCGAAAUGUCCAUGGCCAGGCUCAUCACUCGCCUGGCUCGGGGAAAUAACGACGAGGACUACCCCUCCAUGUCGAAUUCCAACCAUCACACAAACGGACAACAUGGCAGUCAAAACAACACCAAUAAUACUCCUUGGGCUCAGGGCAAUGCGAUACAAUUAACGCAUAGGUCCAAGGUAGUCGCCGGCGACUCAGACGAAGACCUGACUGGCACGCUUAACAAAUUCGGCGUUGGAGUGGGCAUCCACAGACGGACCGACAUUGAAGUCAAGGUUGAGGAGGACCUGAAGAAUUAUAGGAUGAAGCGGGACAGCCCAAGGGGCAGGGCACCAAAGGAAGUCGAUGAUGAGCUGCCACUGACGUUGGACACCGGGCAUCCAAAGCAGGACCGAGAUGGAUCUUCGAUUGGCCAAGAUUCUGUUUGA